AUGGAUGGACACCAAAGGUCCCAGCCGGGGAUGACAUCCCUGGCUGGUCGAGAGCUGCCGUCGGAUUUGGUGUCGCAGGUAUCCAAUGUGACCAUGGGCCAGCUUUUCUACGUCUUGAGCCACGUUCAGAAAUUGAGUGCGCAGGCCCCAGUAACGGCACAGCGAAUCCUUGCUGACAACCCGCAAAUUUGCCAUGCCCUGAUUCACGCCGAGUGUUUGGCCGGGAUGUUGGACGAACCUGGUUUGCCCUUGAGCGCCGAGGAGUUGCAGCGUGCCAAGGCCAAGGCACGACAGCUCCAGGACUUUGCCUUCCACACGCUAAACGUUCUCUGUUCCGCGUUCGUGUUCUAUCCUGCUCUUUUGCGUUUCUACUGUCUUUUUGAGCAGGACGAGAUGUCGCAGCACGAGUGGUCUGCUCAGUGUGCCGAGAAACAUGUCAGUUUUCGAAAGCAGAAGCUGUUUUGCGUCACGUUUUACGCAUCUGCAGUUGCUUGUGUCCACUGCGUAAUGCCUGAUAUGCCUGAUUGUGCCCUUGGUUUGAGGCUCCCGCCGCCUCCUCCGCCUACUGAAGAGGCACCAAAUGGGCCAGGCCUUGCAGUCAAUGCGGACCAGAAGGCGCAGCGCAGGGGGCUAACCUGCAACAAGGAAACCAAAUGCCAGAUGCAACAGCGUCUCUUGGUGCAGGCACAGUUGAUGCAGAAGCUCAUGCAACUUACUCCAGACCAAAUCAGUCAGCUGUGCAAGCCUCAGUCACCUUUCUUUGCUGAAGGUCCAAGUUCCACAGGCGGUGAGGUGUUUGGGGGACCUCCAUCAGGUCAGAGGGUUGUUCUCCACGGCCUCGAAAAGUCUCCGGAGCUGAAUGGCCACCGUGGUGUCAUCGUGAGAUGGAGAGAGGACACUGGUCGGUAUGCUGUUCGAGUUGCUGGGAAGGAGAUCGGGUUGAGACCCGAGAACCUCAAGCCUGCGGAGGGAGGGGCGGUCGCCGCAGAGCUGGCCAAGAAGCUGAACCGAAAGGUGGGGGAGGGAACCAUGUACAAUCCGGAAGUGUAUUCCAGAGUCCCAGGCGCUGGACCAAGGAUGACGCAUUGGGUUGGCCAAGUGAAAGCCGGGCGACAAGUCAUCAUUCGCGCUGAGGAUGGGGCAGGAGCUGAGGCAGAGCCUUUGCCACUUUGGUUUGGUGACCGCGGCUUUGUGAAUGCUGCACCUGUUGAUGUGGCUUUGUUGAUCGCAGAUGUGGGCGAUGAUCCAAGCCAGUGGCAAGUUGCUUUGGCCAAGACAUUGGCUGCUUUCCCUGCGGCCGCAGGGCGCUUGCGUCAGGUGAAGUUGGAGGGCAAGCAGAGCUGGCAGAUCUAUUUGAACAAUGCCGGCGUCCCCUUCACCCUCGCUUCGGUGCCUCCCUGUGGCUUGCCUGGGGCAGAGGUCUUGCAGUUGGCUUGUCAAGAUGAUCAAUGUGGCUUUUUCGAUGUGGGACAAGCCGACAGUGAAGAAGAGCCUCUUCUGCGCGUCAAGCUGAUCCACGAAGAGGGAACUGCACGAGGUCUUGUGGGCAUCUCUUUCAACCAUGUGCUGUGCGACAUUUUCGGUCUGGCCGACUUCCUUCGGAGGAUGCACGCAGAGCUGGAGGGUUCCCAGGCGCCGGCUGUGCCCAGCCACGCCAGAGGUGCCGCACAGAAGGCCUUCGAGGAAGCCGACAAGGACUCGCAAGAGGCCAGCCGCAGCUUCGAAGAAUGGUGGCCAUCCUGGCCGCGUGCCCAGGAGCGGUGGUCCUUCAUAGCUCGCAGGCUCCGCAGUGGUCUCCGUGGCCGUCCAGACGGCGCUGCCACACUUGCCUUCGCUGCACCGAAGGAAAAGCUCGCCGCGUUGAAGGCGGAGAACCCAGGCUCCUCCUCGCUGGAGGUGCUGCUGGCCUUCCUGGCACAGCGUGCGCGUCGACUGGGCCGUGGGCGCCGGGUCUUGGUCACCAAGGACUACCGGGCGGCGCUGGAGGAAGCGGCACCGGGCCAAGGACUGGACCGGCUUUUUGCCAACGUGGUGACCCACGGCCUUUCUUUCGACCUCCCUGAGGAUCCCGACGAGCCUGACUGGAUGCAACAGGUUUGCCAUUCCAUGCGCCGGGCUGUCGACGCCGCAUCCUUGAGAUAUGUGCGAUGGCAGAGUGAGCAGGACCACUUCGCGGGCCUGCCGAAUAUGUUUGGCAGCCUUUGCUGCAACACUUGGGGGCGAGCCCUGUCCGAGCUCAGCUUUAUCGAGGCUUAUGCUAUCGGCAUGCGGAGCGUGGACGAGAGGGCGGAGCGCAUGUGCUUCCCGUUGGAUGCUGCCUAUAUGCAGGUGCUUCCCCAGCCCUCUGGAACGCACAGGAUCUUGCUGACCAUGCCCGUCAAUGACAUGGAAGCUCUGCUCAAGGAUCUGCCAGAGGAGGUCUUCGACCUGCCGCAUGUCAGCGAGAUGCGCACUCAUGCAUUUCGAGUUCCCCUUCCUGGACCUGUCAUCGACCGCUUGAACCCGGCGGUGCAAACCCAUCACAUUGUCGCGCGCGUGGCAUGUGUGGGUGACUCUCUCACGGCCUGUGGCUACCCCAAGUUCCUACAGGCGCACUUCGACCGAGCAGGCAUGAAUGUGCAGGUUCGGAAUUUUGGUGUGGCUGGUGCAACGGCGCAGAAGUUUUCAGAUCAGCCUUACUGGGAGGAGCGGAAGCUAGACGAUGUGCAAGUGUGGCGCCCGCACUUUGUCGUAAUGCUCUUCGGCACCAACGAUGCAAAGUCAGGGAACUGGGACCCGGAGGCAUUUGAGAAGGACGCCGGAUGUCGGACGUAG